CAACCUCCGCAGCGGCUGCGCGCACCGUUCACCCCGCUGGCUGCUUUUGUCUCGCGCAACCUUCUUAGGCCAUCCACGAGAUCGGCCCUUCUUUUUCUCCACUCUCCCCACCCGGAGAGCCAGGAGUCCGGAGCCGGGACCCCGCCCCUUCCCCGUAUCCCUUCCCUUGACCCACCUCGUCUUCGUCCUCCCUCCCUUUUCUGUUCCCCAAGCCGGAAGGAGCCGAAGAACAGACGGAAAAGGCCGAAGCUGUCUCGGUGAGUGGGGCCUUUCCGAAGCGGUGGCGGAAGGAGCCGAAGCUGUGCCAGUGGGGAGGAGUGAGCCAACGGAAUCUCCGGAAAGAGCCGAAACUUGGAAUCUAGCAUAAUCUCUGCGGGGCCUGAGGGCGAGCGCUGGAAACCUUCGGGAAGUGCCGAAGACUAGGACGAUUAAGCUUGUCAGAAGUAGUGGGUUGCUCAGAUAGGGCCGGCGGAUAAGAGCGGGGAGCCCCUGCGGAAGCAGUGAAAGACUGGGACGUUUUGAAUUGUCGGAAGAAGCCGAACCUUUGGCGGGCAGAGGGUGGUUGGGUGCAGAGGAAGGCGAGAACCUACGGAAACACCCGAACGUUGAAGAGACAAUUUCCGAAGAGUUUACAACCUGGGAACUCCGCGAAACCUUCGCUUCGGGUGUUUUCGGAAGCUGCCGAAGACACCGCACCCGACUCCUGCCUCUACAGUCCGGAAAUAGCCGACGCGCUUCGGAAACAAGCUCUGGGGGAGGGGCGCUUUGCGGGCGGGCGGGCGGGCCGGCCGGGAGAGGGGUGGAGCCGGGGCUGGGCGGGCGGCCUGGGCUUGAUUAGGCAGGAGGAGGCGGCGGCGCGCUGGGGGCGCCCGGAAGUAGCCGAAGCGAGCGGCGGAAGUAGCCGAAGCGGCUGGAGCGGGCGGGCGGCAAGGCGAGGCGAGAGCUGUACAGGGCCUACACGGCCGCUUCAGCAUGUCGGACUUCGACGAGUUCGAGCGGCAGCUCAACGAAAAUAAGCAAGAGCGAGACAAGGAGAACCGGCACCGGAAGCGCAGCCAUAGCCGCUCCCGAAGCCGGGAUCGGAAGCGCCGCAGCAGGAGCCGUGACCGACGGAACCGGGACCAGCGGAGCGCCUCCCGGGACAGGCGGCGAAGAAGCAAACCUUUGACCAGAGGCGCUAAAGAGGAGCACGGUGGACUGAUUCGCUCCCCUCGCCAUGAGAAGAAGAAGAAGGUCCGCAAAUACUGGGACGUGCCACCGCCCGGCUUUGAGCACAUCACCCCCAUGCAGUACAAGGCCAUGCAAGCUGCGGGUCAGAUUCCAGCCACCGCCCUCCUCCCCACCAUGACCCCGGACGGUCUGGCUGUGACUCCCACGCCAGUGCCUGUGGUCGGGAGCCAGAUGACCAGGCAGGCCCGGCGCCUCUACGUGGGCAACAUCCCCUUUGGCAUCACUGAGGAGGCCAUGAUGGACUUCUUCAAUGCCCAGAUGCGCCUGGGGGGGCUGACCCAGGCGCCCGGCAACCCUGUCCUGGCCGUGCAGAUCAACCAGGACAAGAAUUUUGCCUUCUUGGAGUUCCGCUCAGUGGAUGAGACCACCCAGGCCAUGGCCUUCGAUGGCAUCAUCUUCCAGGGCCAGUCGCUGAAGAUCCGCAGGCCCCACGACUACCAGCCCCUUCCUGGCAUGUCAGAGAAUCCCUCCGUCUAUGUGCCUGGAGUUGUGUCCACCGUGGUCCCAGACUCUGCCCACAAGCUGUUCAUUGGGGGCUUACCCAACUACCUGAAUGAUGACCAGGUGAAAGAGCUGCUGACAUCAUUUGGGCCUCUGAAGGCCUUCAACCUGGUCAAGGACAGCGCCACCGGGCUCUCCAAGGGCUACGCCUUCUGUGAGUACGUGGACAUCAACGUCACAGAUCAGGCCAUCGCAGGGCUGAAUGGGAUGCAGCUGGGGGACAAGAAACUGCUGGUCCAGAGGGCAAGUGUGGGAGCCAAGAAUGCCACGCUGAGCACCAUAAACCAGACACCCGUGACUCUACAAGUGCCGGGCCUGAUGAGCUCCCAGGUACAGAUGGGUGGCCAUCCAACUGAGGUCCUGUGCCUCAUGAACAUGGUGCUGCCCGAGGAGUUGCUGGACGACGAGGAGUAUGAGGAGAUCGUGGAGGAUGUGCGUGAUGAGUGCAGCAAGUACGGGCUGGUCAAGUCUAUCGAGAUCCCCCGGCCUGUGGAUGGUGUUGAGGUACCCGGCUGUGGAAAGAUCUUCGUGGAGUUCACCUCCGUGUUCGACUGCCAGAAGGCCAUGCAGGGCCUCACUGGCCGCAAGUUCGCCAACAGAGUGGUCGUCACGAAAUACUGCGACCCCGACUCAUACCACCGCAGGGACUUCUGGUAGAGGCGGCAGGGGAGGGCGGGGCCGGGCUGGCUGGGGGAUGCUCUCCCUCCCACCCCCCCUUGGCCCCCUCUGAAGAUGAUGGGCAGAGGAGUGACAGCCGAAUGACAGCCGGCAGCAACUGGAAUGGCAGCAAUUAAGGGUGGGGGUGGGGGUGGGGGGUUGGGGCGGGCGGGGCGGGGACUGGGGAAGUGCACACAGGCCCACACAGACAUGUACCCACAGACACAGAGGGACGGGGUCAGGAUGGGAGGGGUGCACAGCAGGGCGGAGGAGGACCCCCAUAGCCCCUCCCCGAGACAGCCCCUCCUCCCUAUGCUCCCUUUCUCCUCCCCGUCCCCACCGUAGAAACAUAGCGUGUUUAUAUUUUAUGGCCAAACUUUUGAAUUUUGUUCUCCAGCCCGGUGCCCUGCCCUCUCCUUUUCCAGGUCCCCAGCUCCCCAGUCUCUUGGCCUCUGGUCCUCUCCCUUGUUUCUUACGUAGUUGGUUCUCUCCUCUUUAGUCUCCACGGACCUGCGCCCAGCCCCCUGGCCCCUGUCCCUCUCCUACUCUCUGUGGCAGUUUCAUAUUUGCUAAGACGAAUUUGCUCAUUAAACAUUUUGUUGUAUUUUACUU